CGCACGUGUGUUAUUAUUUAUUUCGUACAUAAAACACAGCAGCAGCGAUUGGGGGGCGAUUGUGUGUUGUGUAUACAAACACACGUUCCGCGGGAGGAAGGCAGGGCGGCCGGCCGGCCGCCUGUGUUGGUGCGCCACGUCUCCCGCGCGUGAACAGCUCCACAACCACAAUAGAGAGGAGAAUACAGAGAACUCCUCUUCAAAUUCCCGGUAUAUUGCAUUAUUAGUGGUGGAACAGUAUUGCUAUGUGGAGUUCUAUUCUAUUGUGUUGUAUUAUUUUUUUUGUUCUUGAGUGCAACACAAUUGAUUGUUCGUUUAGCAGAAAGAUUUUUUUUCUUCUGUUUUUACCCCGAAAGGAGUGUGGAGAAGGGAAAUUCUAAGUGGUUUGGGGCUGCGCGUGUGUGUGUGUAUGUGUGCUCGAUGGGUCACCACCCGGCAACAGUGAGACGCGCUUAUAGCGCUCGUGUAAAGAGAAACGAGCGAACGAACUAUCUCUCUCUCUCGUCACUUCCCCUACCACCACCGCCGCCGCGGUGGUGCACACCAACACACGCACACAGCGCGCUCUCUCUGAGCGGCAAUCAUUCGGGGGGGACCGGCAAACGCGCGAUGCGAUGUGCAAAAAAUGAUGAUGACGAUUCUUUUCUGUUUUGCUUGCGGAGAGUUCUCUAGUGUGCGAAGAGAACGAGAGCGAGAAAAACACGAGAGCGAGAGAGAAUGUGUGCAAGUGUGGUAUGGAAAAAGAUAGUUCGCAGCAAGUCGAAGUUUUAUUGCUACGGAAACCGUGCAUCAGAGUGGUGGGUUUUUCGCUUCGUUCGCUCCGUUUCCUCUAGCUCACUCUCCAUCGGUGCAGUAGUGAGAAUAAGAAGGCAAUCGAAGGAAGAAAAAAGAGUACGAAGAAGAACACACGGUGUAAGAGCGGCGGAAGGCAGCACCGAAGAAAAAGUGUUUAGUGAGCGUGUGUGUGUACUGUAGAGAAAGAGGUCCAAGAAAACGGAGGAAAAAAGUGUUGAUCUCCUGAAGAGAGAGCGCGCGCGGGUCGGAGUGUAUCGGAGUGCGAAAGCCGUCGCCACCACCAGAGUCUCGGGGCGAACAAGUAGCGAAGUUGGGCUCAGUGGCUUUUCAGAUCGCUUCUGAACAGUACGCGUUUGCUCCUCUGCUCUCUCCUUGAGGUAACCAGCAGUAACCAAGAAAAAAAAAUACCGACGCGCGUUCUUUUGGACACUGUUCUUUUUUUUUUAAGUUGAGUUGAGUUGAGUUAUUUCUCUCACUCUCUCUCUAGAAGAAGAAGUGCGAACAUAUACUCUCCGUUUGGUAGUUGAGAUUUUCUUGGCGUCUCCUCCGCAUUCGCUUGCCGGGUCUCUAGCAAACAAGGAAUUCAAUUCUCGGUUGUUCUUGUUCACUUGCCGCGCGGGGAGAUCUAGAAGACUCCCGCUGUGUGUUCUCCGUGUGACAACUUGGUGAAAAUUCCAGCGUUCGCGGACAGUUUACGCGUCGUGCACUGAAUUUUCGGAAGCAGGAAAAAAAACCAAGGCAAUAUUUUUUUCUUGGAAAAAGCCACCUCCAUCUUGUGAAAACUAAAGUGACCUUCCAGCAGCAGAAACAGAAGAAUUUUUGGUGUGAAAGUGGUGGCAAGCAGCAGAGCGCAAGUGAUUCAGGCAAAAAAAAAAACUGGGCUCGUGAGUGUGUCAUGCCGGUACGACUUUUCGGUUUCUCGGUUUCUAAAACGACGCCAUCAAACAAUAAGCCCACUAUCAUUGUUGUGUUUGCCCCCGGCAACAGCAAAACGAUCGCAGCAGCCGCGAAGAAGACUAAAAACACGAACUUGAUCUCCAAGCCAGCAGCAGCAGUAACAGUAACAACAACAGUGGUGAACAAGUUGAAGAACAAUAGGCUGCUACGACGACGAGGACGCCGGCACUUGCAGCAUUGUUGUCGCGUUGUGGUUGUUGUGAAUAAAGCUCCUCGAACAAAAGGCGACGACAGCAAACGAAUAUAGUAGCUUAGCAAGUGAGUGAGUGAGAGUGCACAGUCAGUCAGUCAGUCGCUGGAUUAAUAACACACAAGAGAGUAGUGCGCGCCGAAGAUUUGAUUUUAUUCGGCUCUGAUCGGUAGCGGAAGUAGCAGCGCCGCAGCACUUGUGUGAAAGUGCCCUUUCUUUUGUUCUGCGUGUUGGGACAAUAUUCUCUGACGAAAAAAAAAAAAUACCGGACAGCUACGCGUGAAUAUUUAGAAGAAAGUGUAAGUGUUUCAGUAGUUUUUAGUGUUCGAUUGAAAGGAUACAUCAUCGUCUUUCGAAUUUUUUUUUCCUCAACUUUCGUGGAAGCGCUUGGAUUCGGGAAUAACACACAAGCGCGCACAAUAAAACACAACCCAAGAUGAUUUCAAACAGGCAGGACAUACCCUCCUGCUGGGACGAUACCAACAGUAUCGACACCAACAUCGACUGGGAGAAUGACCUCGGCUUCGAGCUGAUGGAUCUCCCGACGUCCGAAUUCCUGACGAGUGCGGCCGAGCUGGAGCAGACCUACGGCAGUGUGAGCAGCUGUGCGUCCAACGGCUGGGGAUACAAUCCGGCCUCGCCAAAGCUGCAGAUCCGGAACCACGAUUGCAUGUGGUCGGGAACGUGCGUUGAUCAGUCCCAUCCGGGCAAAUUUGGUUGCGGCCAAGAACCGGUCGGAAGCAACAAAUUCAGCACCGUAACAGCGGUCGCCGCGGCCAGCCUCAACAGCAAUGCCGCCGUAAUGACCCAGAAAUCCGUUCUCACCCCGUCCAACAAUUCGGCAAUCAAUAUCAACAAUAACAUCACAGCGAAAGGCGCCGCGGCCGCGUCAACGCUCAGCAAGAUGCCAGCGGCUCAGAUUCCCGCCGGACGAUCGCUUCUGAUCAACCCGAGAGUCAAACAAUCGCACCAACAACAGCAACACAUUAACCGCGUUCCAACGGUUUCCACGGCCGAUUUCCUACGCGAGCGCGAAAGCACCAUCCCGCUGCACAAUCGGCCCGACACGCCGCUCAGUCUGGACGAGGAUCCACCGGAGUUUAAGCACAACAUCGAUCUGGCCACCUGUACCAUCGGAUCCAACCGGUUGAGCCUGACGGGUUCUUCGGGUGCCGGCUCUUCUUCGAGACACCACAGCAGUCACCACCAUAACAAUCACUUCGACGAUCCGUCCUCCUCGCGGAUAAUCAACAUGCUCAAGAUGCAGCUGGAGGACACCGAGAGUGGCAGCUUGCGGACGUUUAUGACCGGUUCGACGGGCGAAAUUGGCUCCCUCACCGAUCUGCUCAAUGAUUUGGAAGAGAUGGACGGUGGGGACAAUGGCGAGGAGGACGAGGAGGAGGAAGAGGAAAGCAACGGGGAAGAAUUGGACUCCGAUACCGACGUUGAGUCUCAUCCCGACAGCAGAAGCAGUUGUAACGAUGGUGGCACAUCGACUGGUGGUGACUUCAGUAGUAGCCAUCAUCAUCACCACCAGGAAGCGCGCCCCUCAUUCUCCUCGUCAUCCGCUUCUUCUUCGUCGUCGUCGUCGUCAUCCUACGAGUACCAGGGAACGCACGUCGGUGACCACAGCUACACACGGCCAAAGAACCGCUACAACCCGAACGAGCUGGGAGUCCAAACGCCGUCCGAUUCCGAAGAAGAAAUCGAUGUCGUCUCGAUAGGCGAGAAGAAUUUGCCCACGAAUCCAACGGCGCGCGAUCGACGCGCUCUGCAGUCCCGCGUAGCGCAUAAAAUCGCCCGCAAGCAGGCGCAGCAAACCCCUGGCAGCAGCAGUAGUGGUGGCUCACAGCACCAUCAUCGUCGCCGUCAUUCGGACGAUGAGUACAGAACCGGAGGAGGACCAAGUACCAGCAAAGCGGGAGCAAUCUCCCACACACCCAACUACCUUACGCCAGCUCCCUCGACCAGCAUCUCCGGAAGCAAUACUCCCCUUCCUGGCGGCAACAGCAGCAGCAGCAACAGUUUCUCAUCGUCGUCUGGCUCCAGCAGUAUAUCCAACCCUCGCAAGCGGCCCAACAAAGAUGACCACCACCGGAACGGCUCCACCAAGAAUGGCGGUCGCCUCCAGCACCAGCACCAGCAGCAUCGCUCCAAAAAGCAACGUCUGCCACCUACCAGCAGCACCGGCGGUAAGAAAAUGCCCUGCGCCGAAUCCUCCGAGGAGCAGGAUACUCUCGAGAAGCGCAACCUCCACAACGAUAUGGAGCGUCAGCGACGGAUCGGGUUGAAAAAUCUCUUCGAGGAACUCAAGCGACAGAUCCCGAAUCUGCGCGACAAGGAGCGAGCACCAAAGGUAAACAUUCUGCGCGAAGCGGCCACCCUCUGCACGCGACUCAGCCGCGAGCAGGAGCAGCUGAACGCCCUGCGGAAACAGCAGCAACGGCUUUACGCCCGCGUGCGACAACUUCGGACCUCGCUGCACACACAGCGCCGGGUAAUGGAUUAGGCUAGUUAAGGGAAGAGCGCGAUGACGAACCCACAGAAUGUUGUUAGACAGUUAGAAACCGACGGAGCGACGACGAUGGCGAAUGAUGACGGACGACGUGGACACUUCUUCCCCUGUGUCAAUGCGAAUCUUUUCGAUUCAAUUGACCAUCAAAAAUUGUCCAAAAAAUUUGACACAAGAGAAAAAGGUCCACUUCGCGUCGAGAGGGAUGGUGGUAAGAGGUGAGUGAGACGUUUUUUUUUUCUAUCAAGUGGAUCAAUCGGAACAGACACUAGCGCCGCCGGCUGGCUCUGGCCGCUCCCCGUUGAUCAUCACUUCCUCGCCAGCCACCCCCGCGCGGUAUGAUACCCUCCAAUCGCGUCGCAAUUAAUUCUAUACUAAGACAGAGUAGUAUAUAUAUAUAUGUUAAACAAAAGUGAAUUUGAAAAUCGACAACGCGUGCACUGUGAAUUAUUUGAGUUGGCCGCGUGCUCGCGUUCUUUUUUUUUAGUAGAGUAAAGCGGGGUUUUUGCAUAUUUACACAAACACUCAAAUUCAAACAGACAAAAAAAUUUAUACUUUUUUUUUCUUCUAGCUUCCCUUUCGUAGAGUUUUCUUAUUUAGAUGUAUGCAAACCCCCCCCCCCCCCCUCAAAUAAUCCCUUUAACAACAACAAACCCUUAAUUCGAUGAUACUAUUACACAAACAUACAAACUUUUAUAAAUGACCACAACAAACACACAUACAAAGUUGAUAGAUGAAGAGAGAGAAAAAGCGAGCGCGAGAGCGAAUGAGAGAUAUAGCAUAGGUAGAAAGAAAGAAAGAGAGAACGCAAGAGAGCGAAAGGAAAUUGUUUCUUAAUUUGUAAGCCUCUUAAUUUUUUUUAUUUGAUACGGAUAGAGUUUUAGUUUCCCGCAUUUGCGCACGGAUCACACUACUAGCAGCAACAGGGAUUAGUAGUGAUCCGAGGAUUUUUUUUCUGUAGAAAAGGCAUUGAAAUGUUGGAUAAGUGCGCCCGCGCGCUCCCGCGAUUGAUUAUAAUAAAUACAAGAACCAUCAUUACAACACA